AUGGGCUGUAUCCAAAGCAUCACCUGCAAGGCGCGGAUCCGGCGCGAGAACAUCGUGGUGUACGAUGUGUGCGCCACCAUCGACCAGUGCCCCACGGGCAUCGAGGAGACCUCGCCCAUCGUCCUGCGCUACAAGACCCCCUACUUCAAAGCCUCGGCCCGCGUGGUCAUGCCCCCCAUCCCCCGCCACGAGACCUUGGUGGGCUGGAUCCAGGCGUGCAACCAGAUGGAGUUCUUCAACACCUACAGCGACCUUGGCAUGUCAAGCUGGGAACUACCUGACUUGAGGGAAGGGAGAGUAAAAGCCAUCAGUGACUCAGAUGGGGUGAGCUACCCUUGGUACGGGAACACCACAGAAACUGUGACCCUGGUUGGUCCCACCAACAAGAUCUCCAGGUUCUCCGUCAGCAUGAAUGACAACUUCUACCCAAGUGUGACGUGGGCAGUGCCAGUGAGUGACAGCAAUGUGCCACUGCUCACAAGGAUCAAGAGGGACCAAAGUUUCACUACCUGGCUGGUGGCCAUGAACACCACCACGAAGGAGAAGAUCAUUCUGCAGACCAUCAAGUGGAGGAUGAGGGUGGACAUUGAGGUGGACCCUCUUCAGCUCUUGGGGCAACGGGCCCGGCUAGUGGGCAGGACUCAGCAGGAGCAGCCCCGGAUCCUGAGCCGGAUGGAGCCCAUCCCCCCUAAUGCACUAGUGAAACCCAAUGCCAACGAUGCCCAGGUCCUCAUGUGGAGACCCAAACGAGGGCCACCUCUGGUUGUGAUCCCUCCUAAGUAGAAGCAGACUGGCCUGACUGUGUGUGGAGCACAUGACGCUGAGACACGCAGUGAGGCUGCCAGGGGUGGCAGGAGCCAAACUGAGUUUCUGAGCCAAAGCAGACCUCUCGGUUUGCCAGCCUUUGCAGCCACUUGUGAAGAGUAGGGCUGCUUCUUGGGUGGUAGAACCAUAAUCCUUAGGAAAAUUCCCUUCCUUUUAGGAAUAAAGAAAUCGCUGAUUUGACAGACUUGCUGUGAUUACCAUGCAAGUAGCCAUAUUUUGGAGCUGACCAGGAUGAUUCUUUUAUCUGAACUAUUGACCAUUGCUUUCCUGCGAGAUGCAGGGGAUGGAAACAAAAUUAAACAGUGCCUGUGGCAAAUGCUGCUUCCCAACCAAUUAGAAGUGGGAGUGAAAACAUCCACACCAGGUGUUUGUAAGACAGACAGUCCCACUGUCUGACUGGAGGGUGCUGGGGAUGGGGGUGGAAUGAAAGUCAGGUGGCGAAGAGAAUGGGGAAAGAAAGAAAUAAGUUGUUAUUACAAAUUAAUACCUGUGAAUUUAUUGGUAGACCAUCAGCUCUUCAACAUACUCAGUGGAAUGAAAGGCACACUUUAAAAAAACGAGAGAUAGAGUGAUAUGGGCUCCCUUCUGGAGAGCCUCCUUGGAACUGUCCAAGGUCCUGAUGUGAACAGACAGAUGGAGACUCUCAAUGGUUCCAUCUACCCACUUCUUUCCAAAAUCUGAUCGUUCGGAGUAUUCCUUAAUCACAAUAUUUGGAUAGAUAGUUCCUGUAUUCUACAGUAGCUAUGGUAUUUGGGGCCUUUGCCAUGUUUUUAGUGAAACCUUAAUUGCAAUUUUGUUUACAGCUGCCUAUUCUGUUCCCCGUUUCUAGCCCUAAAUUUACAAAAAGAUAAUUGUUUCUAAACCAUGGAAUCCAUGUAGAAUUUCAAGAACAUUUUAACAAAUAAGAAUACUA